ACGCACAGAGACGCGACUCCGGAGCGCAGCAGCUCCGCGUCCGUGUGCGUGUUUUUUUUCUCCCCCCUCUUCUCUCCGGUGCUUCGCGAGCGAGCAAAACAAACGCUCUCAUUCCCAGGCGUCCUGUUUAUUCCUUUUCUUUUUUUUCUUUUUCCUCCUUCAUCUCGUCUCGGCCCCUCUCAUGCCGCCGUCAAGGCGCCGCUGGAUAGGUGGAGAUUUGUGACCGACCAGGCAGCAGCUCGAUGAAUAUGGCGUGCAUCGGGGACGCAGACCCCUUCACCGCUGCGAUUCCUGCCACUAAAGUUGAACUCACGGUUUCUUGUAGAAACCUUCUGGAUAGAGACACGUUCUCCAAGUCUGAUCCAAUUUGUGUCCUGUACACUCAAGGAAUAGCCAACAGGGAAUGGAGAGAGUUUGGCAGGACAGAAGUCAUAGACAACACCCUCAACCCUGACUUUGUCCGCAAAUUCAUCCUGGACUAUUUCUUUGAGGAGAGGCAGAAUCUACGCUUUGACCUGUACGAUUUGGACUGCAAGAGUGACAACCUCUCCAAACAUGACUUCCUGGGCCAGGCUUUCUGUACGCUGGGGGAAAUUGUCGGCUCCUUGGGAAGCCGCUUGGAAAAACCCUUGAUUGGGAUCCCAGGGAAGAAAUGUGGCACCAUCAUAGUGAGAGCAGAAGAGCUGAGCAACUGCAGGGAGUCGGUGAUGCUACAGUUUUGUGGAAACAAGUUGGACAAGAAGGACUUCUUCGGGAAGUCUGAUCCAUUUCUUGUCUUUUACCGCAGUAACGAAGACGGAUCGUACACCAUCUGUCACAAAACAGAAGUGGUGAAGAAUACUCUGGAUCCAGUGUGGCAGGCUUUUAAAAUUCCCGUCAGGGCUCUCUGUAAUGGAGACUAUGACAGGAGCAUCAAGGUGGAGGUGUACGACUGGGACAGAGAUGGAGGCCACGACUUCAUCGGCGAGUUCAGCACCAGCUACAGGGAAAUGUCCAGAAGCCAGUCACAGUUCCACAUAUAUGAGGUUCUAAAUCCAAAGAAGAAAGGGAAGAAGAAGAAAAAGUACCAAAACUCAGGAACGGUCACCCUCCUGUCUUGCCUGGUGGACACUGAGCUGUCCUUCUUGGACUACAUCAGAGGCGGGACUCAGAUUAAUUUCACGGUGGCAAUCGAUUUCACGGCAUCAAAUGGCAAUCCUUCCCAGCCCACCUCGCUUCAUUACAUGAGCCCGUACCAGCUGAAUGACUACGCCAUGGCGCUGCGGGCCGUAGGGGAGAUCAUCCAGGACUACGACAGUGACAAGAUGUUUCCCGCUCUGGGCUUUGGUGCCAAGCUUCCACCGGACGGACGGGUGUCACAUGAGUUUGCCCUGAAUGGUAAUCCACAGAACCCGUACUGCAAUGGAAUCGAGGGGGUGAUGGAGGCCUAUUACCAGAGUCUCAAAUCCGUGCGUCUCUACGGACCCACCCACUUCUCCCCUGUUAUUAACCAUGUGGCCAGGUAUGCGUCGGCGGUGACGGACGGCUCGCAGUACUUCAUCCUGCUCAUCAUCUCUGACGGCGUGAUCACGGACAUGGCGCAGACCAAGGAGUCCAUAGUCAAUGCCGCGUCUUUGCCCAUGUCAAUUAUAAUAGUCGGGGUUGGACCAGCGGAAUUUGAUGAAAUGAUCGAACUGGACGGGGACGAAGAGAGGAUCUCAUCCCAGGGACGGUACGCAGAGAGGGACAUUGUUCAGUUCGUUCCUUUCAGGGACUACAUCGACCGGCGAGGAAACCACAUCCUCAGCAUGGCCCGCCUGGCUAAAGAAGUCCUAGCCGAAAUCCCCGACCAGUUCCUGUCCUACAUGAGGACCCGGGGGAUCAAACCUGGCCCGUUGCCCCCUCCUUACACCCCCUGUCCGCCACCAGCCAUCCACCCCCUCCUCACCAGACGGGUAAGCCGAAUCUAAAAGCCAAGGCCUCUCCUCAGCGCCGGUCAGCCGCCUCUGCUGGCCUCUGCUCUCCUCUCUCAUCUUCUUCUUCUUGCUUCUCUUCACUGGAAGCUUACGAGCACAUGGCAGUCUACGCCUGCUCUCUCGUGUUGCACUUUGGCGGUGAACAGUGGUCCAGACACGCAUUUUAGGAGAGGGGACUCGAGCGGACAAAUGGUGGGGUUCUGAGGAGUCGUGGUGAUGUUCUGAGGUCACCGAGCCGCACCAGGAAGCGUGAGCGGGACAGAAAAGGACCACAGGCAGACUGAAAUGCUCCAGUCUGAGGAGGAUCUGUUUCAGAACACUGUUCAUCUGCUUGCUGUUUCCACUUCCUCUACCUAUCACAAUCUUGAUAUCUCAAUGUUUACAGUAUUUGGGACUGGAGUGGAGAUUUUUUUCAGGAUGAAAAUUUAUACCAAUCAAUGUGAAAACUUUUCAGAUUACUAUUUUUCGGCUGCAGAAACAGGGGGUUAUGACUUUGUACAAAAACAUUUAGGCCCUUGUGCCAUUGCAGAGUGUAUAUGUUUUUUUUGAUUUGUUUUGUUUUUUUAACUAAAUGGAGCAUGUGCUAGUUUAAGAGAAGCAUGCACUGUUGUCCCGCACUCAGGGCUUUGUCCCUUUGACUCUAACUCCCCACCUUAUCACCACCACCGCUGCCAUGUUCCAUUGCAAACACACCCAUCACAAGCCUGGAAUCUUCCCACGCUCCGAUCUUCUGCUCCAUCCACCUGCCUUGACUCAAAAGGAAGCUGCGCUCUCUGGGAGUCCAGUCGAAUCAAAACGCAACAGGGACUUGAACCAGCCUUAUUCUUCUGUCAGAUAACAUUCACAGGCACAGUGUCCGCAGUGGGUUCUGGAAAUGUGGAUAUCCAAGCCCAGAAGUCAAAAACACACAUCUCACCACCGAACCUGACUGUGUGUCGCGUCUCACGGUCUUAUUUAUUUUCAUGAAAUAACACUGUACUUCAGAAGCAUUUGCAUUUUUGUUUUGUUUUACGUCUCUCUACCUCUCACUUUGUUUGAUAUUGCCAAAAAAAAAAAAAGAAGUUUUACCUUACUCGCUAAUUAUACAAAAUGUUUGCCAAACUGUAGGACGAGAAAUCUAGUGCUUUGUUUGCUAUUGGAUCGUGUGACUAGCACCUUUAUGGUAGCAACACACUGUGAAUAUGUGCACAGAAAACAAAAGGAAAGCUACCCAUGUGGAUCAGUGGAAUGACUGUGGGGACAGUUUGUUUUUUGCUUUUUGUUCCAUGUUGUCCAUCACUCCAUGUCGUAACUAAAGGUUAAAGCCAGUAAUCAUCAGUAAGGUUUAGUAGCUUGCAGCAUCUUCUCUACCGAACGCGUACAUUUCAUUAUAAAACACACCUGAAGGCAGCAACUGUUCUCUGCUUAGAUUAACAUCGGUCACGGUGGAUUCUUUUUACGCUCUCCCUACUUCAACAUUGGCACUCUUGUUUUUUUUAGCAAUUCAAAUGUCCAAAUUAGAUUUAGCCAGUCAGAAUUCUCUCCAAUACCUGUCUCUGCUCACCCUGUAAAGCUGUGGUGGACAAACUACGGUGGGCCCAUACGGCCUUGUUGGACUGUUUAAUCUGGCCCAUUGUGCACUUAUAAAAUUGUUAUUUCAGUUGAUUCCAGUAGAUGGUGCAUUACAAACUCCUUAGCUAAAGCCUAUUGUCUAUUUUCUCUGCUCACAAGUAAUUUAUGCAGCUUUUACGGCAACUACUUGGUAAUUUCUCCCUUUGUCAUUCUUCUUACUAUAAAUGAUAGGUAUUUAUCUCUUCUUGUGGAAUUUAAACAGUUUCAGUUCAUUCCGGUGAUAAAGGUCUGCAAAUACUGAUUUGUCUGGGUUCUGUUCUCUGCUUCGAAAUCAGCAGAGUUCCACCGCGAAAUAUCUCACCUGAAAUUUUGCUGAUCUGACGAGAGCUAAACACUGACCCGGCCAAACUGCUCAUGCCAUUAGUCAUUUAUUUGUGUUAAAGGACAUUUAUCACCACUGACCCGCAUCCCAGAGAGCAGCCACUACAUUAUGUCACAAAUAAAUCUUAUAAAUACACGGCUUCCUGGCUGGGCAUAGUGUCACAGCAUUUGGAUUUCAUUAUGGGGCUAUGGGGCUUGUUUCAAACAGUAGAGAGAGAAAAAAAUACCUCUGAGUGCAGUUGGAUAGUCAUACAACCAAUCAACUAAACAAAAUUAAAUGUACUCUCCUGCAUGCAUGAAACCCACCCAAACAAUUUGACUGAUCUGACCAGAUCUUGCAGGAGCACAAUCACUUCCCAACAGAGAGACUCCAGAGCAACUUUCGACGACAAUAUAUUUGUGUUGUGUUGGAAGUUCAUCUGAUUUCUGGUCUGCACAGCUUCCCUUUCUUGCUAAUGUGGUUAGUAGUUAAUGCCUCUGUCUGUGGAAGCUUCUCAAGAUGUUCUCCUUAAAAUGCCCAGCCAUCGCAAUCCACUGUGACUUCUUUAAAAUCCAAGCGAAUCAACAGCUGCUGUCCUCUCCAAAGAAAGAGGCUACAAAUGUUUCACAUGUUUCUGGUGAACAUUUGAUAAGUGAAGCUCCGUCUUUUUCAGGUAAUAGUACAAUCAUUUUUUUAGCUCACUAAUGGCUGUACAAUAUAAAACCUCUAUAGUGUAACUUUCAGCAAAGCACAAUAGUUUUCUUACUGCAUCGACCGCAGUGUCCAGAGUUCCUUUGGGAUUCUUGUAAAUUUGUGAAGAACGUUUUACUGUAUCUGUGUACUGCAUACUGUAGACUUUAUCUGCCAUUUUUAGGGCCCUAUUCAGUCAAGGAAUCAGUAUAAAAGAAGGUUUACAGCAUUUUUAUGAACUCAUGCCUCAAAACCAUAAAACACUUCUUGGCUGAUGAUGCUCCAUUCAAACGUCUCCUUAUGAACUGCUUGAGAAACGUUUUCCUGGACGUUUCUACACUGUACAAAUUUUUUGCCUUUCUUGGUCAUUUUACCGAAUGUGUAAUGCUGCUUCUUUACUGCUCAUAUAGGUAUUACAUUUUAUACUGAGGCCUGUAAUCAUAUUUAAAUCAUGACUAACAGGCCUUAUUAAUGUUUAUACAUGGGUUAUUCAUAUUUAAAUCAUGAACGACAGGCCUGUAUUUUUUUAUAAGCCAACCGUUACAUAAUGGUGUAUGUUUCAUAUGUGCAAGACAUUUCAAAGUAGAACUAGUGAUCAAAUACACUCUGUAGCAAGUUUCUCUCUGCAAAAUUCGACAUAUUGUUAAGUGUAGCGUCUCAUCCCCGAGAAACUGGUUUUUCAGUUUGACUGAAUAGGGUCCCUCCGCGUGGGGAGCGGUAGUCCUGAUAGAUUUUAUACUCUUCUAAAUGGCGGGGGAUGUCGAAUUGCACAAUGUAGCACUGGCCUCCAGUCUGGCACUAGACUGGACAACACCAGACUGGACCAGAUUGGGCAGGAACAGACUUUUUCUAUGCGCUUGUAAUUAUAUAUCCUGUAUAUAUCAGACAUCUGCUUUCUGGAGAGUUGACUUGCAGCAAACUGCCAGGACUCUGGGACUCUCUUCCUGAAACACAAGGCAGGGCCUUUCAUUUAUUUAUCACAACAAGAUGUCAGCUCCAUCACACACCCACACUCUCAUAUACUGUACACUCGGUACAUGUAUUUGUAUAUGAAACAUGCAUGACAGUUACAUAACAGUGAAGGCUGUGUGGAGAUUAAGAGUUUCCUUGCUUGUUUUGUCAGAGAAACAGUGGUUUUUAGAUUCCACAUGUCAUGAGAAGCUGUCAGAGGAUUCUUAUUCAGUGUGGAGUUUUUUUUUUUGUUUGUUUGUUUUUUUCAACUCGGAGGCAA